AUGGAUCAUCAUGUCAAUAGUCUUGCACUCUUGAAGGUUGGAAUGAUGGGGAUGUUGAUGCUUAGUAGAGUGGCAUAUUCUGAUGACCAAGUGGGAGUUCCUGACUCUGGUUUAUUAUGCAUCAGUGAUUGUGGAACAUGUCCAACUAUUUGUUCACCUCCACCUCCAUCAAAAGGGUAUUCAUCUCCACCAACAUCAUCAUCAUCACCAUCACCACCACCACCUACACCAGUUCACCAUUCUCCGCCGCAGUCUUACUACCACUCUCCACCACCGCCUUCGCCACCCUCACCGCUGUCACAGUCGGCGCCACCACCAGGCAAUUCAUGGACUUACUGGGGAACUCCCCCACCUCCUUUUAAGUAUGGUAACACACCUCCAUCAGGUCAAUCACCACCAACAAAUGGACCCCAUGACUAUCCAUAUCCUUACUACUACUUCUAUGCCUCCCAGGCCUCUUCUCUUUCCUCCCAUUGUGCUUCCAUUUUACUUGUAAUAUUGUUCUACUGUGUUGUGUUAUACUGUUGUUGA